AUGGGGGGCGUAGGCAAGACUACACUUGCGAAGUCGAUCAUGCAUGAUGAGCGGAUCAAAACCAGGUUUGUGAAAAAUGAGAAAACAGGUUGCCUUGGCUUGGCGUUCGUCACAGUCUCAGAUGAACCUGAUAUCAUGAAAUGUCACAAGAGAAUAUGGGAUGUCCUCGUGGGAGAAAAGGCGGAGUUUUGCAGUGUUGAAGAUGGCAAGUUGCAGUUGCGAGCAAAAUUGCAGGGCAAGACAUAUCUUCUUGUGUUGGACGACUUGUGGGAUGCGACGGACAUGAUGGCCCUUGAUGUUGCAUCAACAAGUGGCCGUGUGUUGAUCACUUCGCGGAAUGACAAAGUUGCUCAAGUUGUGCACGCGAGGCGCCAUGAUGUCACAUGCUUGGACGAAAACGAGUCACACAAGUUGUUCCGCAAGCACGCCUUUGGUGAAGACAAGCCAAAGAGGUGGCAAGAAGAGCAUAUCAAGGCCAUUGUUGAAAAAUGUGGGGGUUUGCCACUUGCUUUGGAAAUAAUGGGGAAGGUGGUGAACAACAUAAGAGCCACAGGGGGCCGUGAGGAGAAGGACAUGUGGAAGAACGCCGUGGAUGCCCUUGCAACGAGCUCAUUGUUCCAAGCAACCGUGGUCGAUCGCGUGUUUUAUGCAAGUUUCAACAGGCUAGGCUCCGUGCAUCAGAGUGUGUUGCUGGACUUGGCAACAUUGCCUGAAAACUACCGUGCUAGUGAGUGCGACGAGGCAGAACUGCAGAAGUGCAUAGGUACGUGUGAUGAUGAGGGCACAGUGCGAAAGGUGUUGAGGGAACUUGAAGACCGCGGGUUGAUCAAGCAAGAAGGGCAAGACACCUCGGAAGUUUUGGAAUUUCAACCCAGGGAUGGUGGGGUGCACUAUUACUUGCAUGAUGUGGUCCGUGAUUGUGCUCUCCGCGCUAUUGCUGGCAUAACAUUGCAAGUACGACAAAGGUUGGCGUCAUCUCAUUUGAAACACAGCAGUUGCAAAGAUGAAACAUUGGCGGCAAAGAGGUUUUCUGCGUCUGAAAUAAUUGGAGCAGACCAGUUGCGCACUUUGCAGAAUCUGCAGAUGCAAGAGUUGAAGGCCAUUGUGUUGAAGGAUGCAGGGAUAUCAGAGCUACCACCAACACUCUUGACAAGCCAAUUGGUGGCAAUUGACCUGACGUCCUCAGGCAUCGUCAAAUUGCCUUCACAAAUAUCUUGUUUGCAAUCUGCUCAGCUGCUCAGGGUGGAUUAUUGUGAAAAGUUGGCAUGUCUUCCAGGUGAAGUGGGUGAAUUGGUGCAGUUGAGAGUGUUGUCCAUGAGGGGUUGCAGAAGCAUUCAUGACAUUCCCGCAUCCCUGGGACAUCUGUCGAUGCUAACCAAGCUACUGAUGCCCCAAUGUGGUAUUGCGCAUUCCUACCAUCCCGAUAUGAAAGCAUGGCACAAGUUGACCAUGCUGGAUCUGAGUAGGUGCACUGGCCUCAAGUGCUUGCCUCCAAAAUUUGGAGAUUUGGCAAGCUUGACUGCGCUGAAUUUGGGUGGAUGUUGGCAGCUGACAAGUUUGCCAGCCAGCAUUGGUCAGUUGAGUCAGUUAGAAGUGUUGAUUUUGCACAAGUGUGACAGUCUCAUGGAACUGCCCAGCAGUAUGGCAGACCUUUCCAAUUUGCAAGAGUUGGAUGUCCAGCGAUGCCCACGAUUGGUGGACAUUCCUGACACCAUUGGGGGGGCAUGGUUGGAGUUGAGGGUUCUGAGGCUCCAAGGGAAUGGCCACAUGGCCUUCCCACUGUUUGUGAAGGAUUUGGAAUGUCUUGAGGUUUUGGGCAUUCCGGAGGAAUGCGAGAUUCCUGAGGCCUUCAAUCAGAUGCUUGAAGACCUCGAAAUAUCAUUAGAGCUGGAGGCAACGGAGCUGUGUGAGCACACGAUCCUCUACUGGGAUGAAUGUACACCUCUUCAUUGGUGCGCAAGCAAUGGCUUGGACAAGAUGGUAGAGUGGCAUUUGCGUGAGACACAGGUGGACUUUCGAGACAAGGUUGGGAGGACACCCCUUGUUUGGGCAGCCAGGGAAGGUCAUGCAGCUGUGGCAGAGAUGCUACUGAAUCAUGGGGCAUCUGUGGAUCUGGUGGACAAU